AUAUGACAGUGCAGGGGAGUUAUUUGGUGAAAGCUGUUCAUGAGAAGAGUCUAAAUUCUGUGGGGUAGAAAGAAAGGCUUUAACUCCAAAAGUAAGAAGAGCCUUUCAAAAAAGGGCCGAUGUUUUGUGCUGUGGGGUGAGUUGAUGCAACUGUUCUCAAACUUCACAAUUAUGGAUGGAGUUGUCUCACCCUCAGAAUCGGCAAUGUCUGGAUUCCACUACACGUGUGAGGUGUUGAUUGUCCAUUCUUGCGAAGCUCAGGAAUGGGCUACAUAUCUGCAGAAGAUCUUGAAGUCGUCACGCAAGUUUCCCAAAAGGUCUAUCGUAUUGUAUGCAGUUGACAGUGCUGACCAGCUACAUGGAUGCGAACUGAACAUUUUCUAUAAUAGUAAAUGCAUCGUGCUGCUGCUGACAACAGCAAUCCUGGACAUUCUAAAUGACCCUGAAAUCCUGGGAACUUUUCAGAGACUCCUUCAUCCUCCACACAGAGUGGUGGCGCUGUUGUGUGGGAUGUCGGGCGAUGACGUACCCACUGAAUGGUUUGAAAACUGGCAGAGCUGGAGAAAACUGUAUGCUGAAGACGAACCUGCUCUUUACAUCUCCACCAUUCUAGAAUCCAUCGCUGACUGUAAUACAGAAGAGGCUGAACAUGAGGCGGAAGCUACAGCAAAAACAGAAGCAAAAACAGAGUGCGAAAUCCCUGUGGUUAUGAACCCCAAAGCUGAGGGGACAGAGGAAGAGUCAGUGACAGAACCAGAGUGUGUCCAGGACGACAAUGACGAUGUGAGAACAGAGAUCCACCCAAACCAGGAAAUGAGCCCCACACAACCCACCUGCCUCACUGUUCAACCAAACAGAGUUUUAUGCGGGGACCAUGCAACUAUUUUUAUAAUCUUUUCUAAUAAACUGGACAACCAGUUGAAAAUGGAGGUGGUGUUUGCCUCUGAAGAUUCAACUGCAAAACGGGUUCUAGGGAUUUUGGAGAAUGAAUACACCAUCAGUAUUAAUGCGCCUGAUAUGCCAGCAGGAGAGGUGUCACUCACUCUGUAUAGCAACGACUCACCAGUCUGUUUGAGGCCUGUAACGUACUACACAGCCAUCGGAGAAAUCAGCCGUUAUCUUCAACAUGCAGCUGCUCCCCUGAACUUUAUGUGUCAGGCAUUCAAUUUAACAUCCAAUACCACAGAGUCACUUGACAAUUUGCUGACAGACUCAUUACAGUGCAGGAUCCCUGCAAGUGGACUUCAUGUGUUUGGAAUCAGACAGCUAGAGGAAGACAAUAUGGCUGCAUAUCAGCGAAAGGAGGAGCUUCCCACUCUGCUUCAUUUUGCAGCAAAGUACGGGCUGAAGAAGCUGACAACAGUCCUGCUACAGUGUCCAGGUGCCUUACAGGCCUACAGUGUGAUGAAUAAGAAUGGAGAUUACCCAAAUACACUGGCAGAGAGGAGUGGCUUCUCUGAACUGAGACAGUUCAUAGAUUACUUUGUGGAGACAGCUGGCACGGCGGACGAAGAUGAGGUGUACGAGUCCAACUCUUCUCAAGACAUCAUGAACGACUCCCUAAACCCUGGGUGUCAAGAAGACAUCUACGAGACCAUGUCCAACUCUUCUCAAGACAUCAUGAACGACUCCCCAAACCCUGGGUGUCAAGAAGACAUCUACGAGACCAUGUCCAACUCUUCUCAAGACAUCAUGAACGACUCCCUAAACCCUGGGUGUCAAGAAGACAUCUAUGAGACCAUGACCGAGUUAAACCAUGACUCCGGGGAAGACCUAUAUGAGGACAUGGAGAAGGCAUUAGGAGAGUCUUAUAACCCGGAGGAAGUCAUACUUAGAACAUUUUUUCAAGGUAAACCUGAUGCAGGUGUGCCCCACGUUGGGGAGGAUACAACUGAUGAAGAGGUGGGAGACCAGGUAGAAGAACCAGAGGGGUUUGAGGACGAAGAACUUUACAACAUGUGUGUUUCUGAUCAAAUCUAUGACACGUUGGACGAGAGUGCAAGCUAUCUCCCAGAAAUUGUCAACCGUCCACCAGCCCCCAUUCCGAGACCUGUAACAUUUUCAGAGCCUGAGGAGUCCAAGACGUACAUUUCAAGAGUGUUUUCAGCAAAAGAACAAUCAAGUCCACAGACGGACCUCAGAGAAACAGAGUCGUUCACUGUGAGGCCUGUGAGAGAUGGAGCCUCCACCUCCUCUUCCCACGACCCCUAUGCUGAGGUGAAGACCCAAGGCCAGAGGCAGCUCAUAGCCUUGCAGGAGAAGGUGAAGGUGGGGGUCCUGAGUGUGGAUGAUGCUGUCAAGGAAUUCAAGGCCUGGCAGUUUGAUGAGGAUAGGAGAUCUCAGUCUCUGCGUAAUCAACAGGAGAAUUUGAAGAGAUUACGAGGCAGCAUUACCAGACGCCACAAAGAGAGGGAGAAGAUUGGGAAGGAGAUCGGUCUGGAGAUAACCGCCCCACUACAGAGGAACCUUCCCUGGGGCGCCAACAUGGCUGUGGAGUGUUCUGUGUACGAGCCCACCCCACGGGUCAUUGCCCUACCCCCUCAUGUGACCCGGUCAAGCCAGAGAGACACCUGGAAGACUGGCAGUACCUCCAGCACAUCCAGUACUGGCAGUAGCAGACUCAGCACACAUAGUACGAUUAGCUACAGCAGCGGAACUGAGCCUGACUUUGAGGACACCGCAGACCUCCUCCCUCUACCCCCACUACCUCUACCCCCACGGCCCGCACCUCUACCUCCUCCCCCCAGAAUCCCACCACGACUCCCAGACAGGGCUGUUGCGAGUUUGCUGGAGGAGCGUUACGUGUCAUACCCCUCUCGAGCUCCCCCACAGAGACCACCUCAGAGGAACAACUCUCCCCCUCUCAUACCCCGGAGAACACGAUGACACACAGUUCUGCUGUUCUAGCGUUUCAAAUGACUGCCCUCUAAAAUAUCUGUCAGGAACAAGUCAGGCAGUGUUACUUACAGUUUUCAUACCCCUUGACUUAUUCCACAUGUUGUUGUGUUCCAGCCUGAAUUCAACAUUUUUUUUAACCAUCUACAUACAAUACCCCAUAAUGACAAAGCGAAAACAUGUUUUUCGAAAUGUUUGAAAAUGUAUUGAAAGGGAAAUACAGAAAUAUCUCAUUUACAUAGGUAGUCACACUCCCAAGUCAAUACUUUGUAGAAGAACCUUUGGCAGCAAUUACAACUCUCUUAAUAACUUCACCAUGCUCAAAGAGAUAUUCAAUGUCUGCUUUUUUUAAAACCAUCUACCAAUAGGUGCCCUUCUUUGAGAAAAUCAUUGGAAAACCUCCCUGGUCUUUGUGGUUGAUUCUGUGUUUGAAAUUCAAUGCUUAACUGAAGGUCCUUACAGAUCAUUGGUAUGUGUGGGGUACAGAAAUGAGGUAGUCAUUUAGAAAUCAUGUUAACCACUAUUAUUGCACACAGAGUGGGUCCAUGCAACUUAAGUUAAGUACAUUAUUACGCCUGAACUUAUUUAGGCUUGCCAUAACAAAGGGGUUGAAUACUUAUUGACUCAAGGCAUUUCAGCUUUUCAUUUAUCUAAAAACCUAAUUCCACUUUGACGUUAUGUGGUAUUGUGUUUAGGCCGGUGACACAAAAUAUAAAUUGAAUCAAUUUUAAACUCAGGCUGUAGCAAAACAAAAUGUGGAAAAAGUCAAGAGGUGUGAUUACUUUCGGAAAGGCACUGUAUAUGAACAUCAUGCAUGAAGGUUUGGGUGUGUCGAACAGAACCACAUAGAACGCCAUCCUCAAGUCAGUCAAUUCGGUAAGUAAACUGAAAUUCAUGUUCAAAAGGGACAUCUUGGAUUCAAACAACAACAAAGUGUCACCCUGUCACUUUUUUGGUGAACAGUUGAGGGGUGGGACUGUAUAAGCAUAAUAAAAAGGCAUGUAUUUUCAAUUGCUUCUAAAUAAACUCAAAUGGAGAAGCUAUUCAUUUCAAACGUUUUUCAAUGUUAAAUUCAAAUCACUUUCUGAAUUGACUGACUUGAAUUCUAAUGACUCCAACCCUACAAUAGACGCAGUGGUAGUGUAAAUGAUUUCGUAAAAACGAACAUGCUUUAGAAUUGUGAACGGUUUUCAACAAAUUGAUCAAAUAAAGAUUAUGUUUGUUUGUCACGCUU